GGUGGAUUGGGUGAAUUGGGUGAAUUAGGUGAAUUAGGUGAAUUGGCUGAAGUGAGUUAAUGACUGGGGCUAUAUACCACCCGCCAGACGAUACGAUUCACUAUAUACCACAUGAUAGAAGCGACGAGCCCCUUCUCCAGCCCCGAGAUACAUCUCCGGAACUCCCAUCCGCAUUCGCUCUUCCGGAAUCAUCGCUUGUCCGUCUGUGCAUCUCCAACGCCCUCGACAGGCCGUCCUCGCCCCCAUUGUUCCGCAUCGCUCCGCAUCGUUUCGCAUGUCGCUCCAUCGUUGUCUCGGGUCAAUUCGGCGGCUCGGCGUUUGUGCGUUGAAAUCGGGCCAUCGGCUCGCCGUCGCCUCGCCCCCAACUCUCGCUCGCAUCUGCCUUCGACCCUCCGCCGUGCGUUUCAAAUCCUCGUCUCCCAAGCCCAACCCCAUGUCCAUCGGCAAGUCGGAAUCCGAAUGGCAGGCCAUCCUGACGCCCGAGCAGUUCAGGAUCCUGCGGCAGAAGGGAACCGAGCCACCUGGAACCGGCAAAUACAACAAGCAUUACGCUAAAGAAGGAGCCUAUUGCUGUGCUGGAUGCGGUGCUCCCCUCUACGAGGCCAAGACCAAGUUUGACUCGGGUUGCGGCUGGCCGGCCUUUUACGAAGGCAUCCCGGGCGCCAUCAACCGAACGGAUGACUUCAGCCACGGAAUGGUCCGCACCGAAAUCACCUGUGCUGCCUGUGGUGGACACCUUGGCCAUGUCUUCAAGGGCGAGCGAUUUGGUAACCCCAUUGACGAGCGCCACUGCGUCAACAGCAUCAGCAUCACCUUCAAGGACUAGAGCAGCGACUUGGUCCCUGUCGUCACCAUGAAUCGUGAAGCAAAUGCCAGGGAUGGCCCCCCUACUCAUGUGAUGAUUUGCAGAAAUAUUCACCGGCUCUCCAUGAGAUAU